AUGAGUCAAAAUUUUGACCCUAAGCCUGCAGAAACCACUGUAGUGCAUGGACGGAAAUAUAAGCGACACACCAGGGGGACCUACGUUGGGCUCAUUGCAUAUGUUAUUCAGGAUUCUCCAAAUAAGAUGCUUACAUUUAAACAGAUUAUGGAGAGAUUGGGGGUAUUUGUGACGGGGGACAGAAAGGGUCUGGAGAACAACAUCAGAGUCUGUCUGUCGUCCAACAAAUGCUUUGUUAAGGAGCCAGUUGACCCUGAGUAUCCAAAUGCAAAGAGGAACUUCUGGAAAGUAGAUGAGAGCUCCAUCACCCCAAAGAUGUUGCGCCGGCAUUUCCGUGACAUUGCUAAGAUGUUUCCUGGACUGCCAGCAAAAUUGGAAAACAGCACUGGUAUAGAUACUGCUAAGGACCCUGCACUGCCAGUAUGUACUGAUGAAAAAGGGCCAAGUUCAAUCAAAUUUAGCAGCCCCUUUUCAAUUGAGUCACUGCUGAAGAAAGAUCACAGCACUCACAAGAGGAUUCCGUCUGUUCAGGACACUGUUCAGUAUGCUGUCCUGGCUAAAGGAGUUCAAAAUGGCUGUGUGCUCAGUCCACUGCUGCUCACUCUGCAAAGCACAGUUAGAACCACCAUCAUAAAUGUCAUCAUUGACAUGACCAUGGUGGGUCUCAUCAGCAGGAAUAACAAUUUUCAGAUCGUAAGACCCUACAGCGGUUAG